UCUUUUAAUCCACUCUCAGACCUCAUCGCAUUCACACCAACCUGUCUGCCGUCGACGCAAACAAGCAUUUUGCUCGUUUCGGUUUUAAGUUUCGUGCAAAGUUUGCUUUCGAGUUGAUUUAUAUUGUUUAAUCAAGUGUUUUUACAAGAUUAUAAAUUUAUCCAACUAAGUUACAAACAGGUUGAUGUGAUUUUAAGUUUUCGCGCAUUUGACAUAAAAAAAACAAUCUCUGGCAUCGCUUUUAACACCCCCGCUGUCGCAUCAUCUGUUUUGUGUGCUUGUGGCGCGUCUCUUAAUAUGCACAGAUAAAUAAAUACAAAUUACAAACAACAGUUACACGUUCUAAACAAACAAACAACGAAAAAAAUCAAGCAAAAUGGAUCGUCAAUUUAUAAUGAUAUUAAUUCUUGGAUUUGGCUUCAUGUUUGUCUUCACUGCAUUUCAAACAAUGAGUAAUAUUGAGAAAACCAUAUUGGAUAGCAUUUCUAAGGACGAUGAGAGCUUCAAGGGCGAGGGCUACACCAGUCUGGCGAUCAUUUAUUUGUUCUUUGCGCUCUCCAAUUGGCUGGCGCCUUCGUUUAUGUCGGUGACUGGACCACGCGUCUCCAUCGUUGUGGGCGCCCUGACCUACGUUGGAUUCAUGAUAUCGUUUCUGUUCCCUUCGACAACGCUGCUUUAUGUGGCCAGUGCCAUCAUUGGCGUUGGUGCCGCACUCACCUGGACGGGGCAGGGCACGUAUUUGGCACGUUGCAGCAAUGCGGAUACGAUCUCCCGUAACUCGGGCAUCUUUUGGGCGCUUCUGCAGUGCAGCAUGUUCUUUGGCAAUCUCUUUGUUUACUAUCAGUUCCAGGACAAGACGCACAUUGACAAACAGACGCGAGAUCUUGUCAUUGGCGUACUCACAGCGGUUGCUGUGCUCGGAAUUGUGUUUCUGCUGGCCCUGCGCUUCAUGGCCAGCAAUGCGGAGCAGGACAACGAACUGGAAUCAAAGCAAACUGCUUGUGGUCAUGCUGUCUAUGCUUUAAAGUCCGCUGGCAAACUGUUUAUGACCAAGAAAAUGUUGCUGCUCAGCUUGGCAUUUUUCUACACAGGUUUGGAGCUUUCCUUCUUUAGCGGAGUCUUUGGUUCGUCGAUUGGUUUCACCACCAAGAUUGCAGCCACUCCCAAGGAGAUUGUUGGUCUUGUGGGCAUUUGCAUUGGCGCUGGCGAAGUGUUUGGCGGCGGUUUCUUUGGCAUUCUGGCAUCGAAGACCACGCGCUAUGGUCGCGAUCCCAUUGUCAUUGCCGGCUAUGUGAUGCACAUGGCUGCCUUCUUCAUGACAUUCCUCAAUCUGCCGAAUAGUGCACCAUUCAAGGAUACCACCGAUAUCUCAUACUUGGAUCCGCCCAGCGCCACGAUGGCGUUAAUUUGUGCAUUCCUGCUCGGCUUAGGCGAUGCCUGCAUUAACACCCAGGUCUAUUCGAUGCUGGGUGGCGAGUAUGUCAACAAUGCGGUUGGUGCAUUUGCACUCUUCAAAUUCAUGCAGUCGGUGGCCGCGGCAAUUAGUUUCUUCUACUCGGCAUUCCUUGGACUCUAUGUGCAAUUGGGCAUUUUGGUUGUCUCCGGCACCAUUGGCACCAUUGCAUUUGUGAUUGUCGAGAGGAGUUUCAAGCGGCAGCACCGGCUGGAGGAUUAGAAGAUGCAAAUGUCAUACUUUUUUGAUACCAACAUGUACGAGAGUAAUUCUAGUAUUAGCUGAAGCGAAGCACCAAGCACACACAUAGCGAGUUGUUGUUUUUUCUACAAAAAGUGAGAGAUCGUGACGUGUCUUGUCGUGUCGUGUCGUGUCGCGUCGUGUCCAUUGUUUGUUGAACUCACCCAACACAUGAGGGGGGCGUCUUCCUAAUGCGUAAUGCGUAAUAAUGCAAUAAUAGUUAAUUGUUUGUUGGGCAAUGUUGUACACAGAAGAUGUUGCUAGAUAUUGUAUGAAUGUAUUGUAUUUUAAAAGUUGAACUUCCAAAACGUAAUUAUAAAUUCUAGUUUUAA